GUAUAAUUCUUAUUCCAUCGGAAACAGUUAACACUUUUGCUCGGGGCAUUGGUGCAAGCCCAGCAUGGCCCCUUCAGCAAAGUCCCGCAAGGGAAAGAAGGCUUGGAGGAAGAACAUUGAUGCGAGCGAGGUCGAGACCUUCCUCGAGGAGCAAACCUACCAGCAGCGGCGCGGCCCGGCUGCGGGCGAGCUGCAGGAUGAGCAGCUCUUCUUCGUGGAUAAGUCUGCCGACGUGGAUGGCGCCACUGCCGUGGCGGAGGGCAAGCGGCCCGCCAAGCGCCGGCGGGAGGAGAUCGCAGCUCGGCCGCUGCGCUCCCAACAGAUCCUAGCGGAGGCCCACAAGGCCAAACCCGUGGUGCUAGCACCGCCGCUGAAGAAGAAACCCGCCACCGCAGCAGCUGCUGCUGCUACUGCUGCAACGGGCGCAGUGGUGGUCCCAGCGGUAGCGGCCGGCGGCAGCAAGCGGAGCGGUGGAAAGAAAGGAAAAGCGGAGACGCAUCCUCUGGACUUGUGGGCUGAUGAGGAUCUGACUGCCGUACAACAAGAAGCCAGCAAGAAGCAACAGCCACAACAGCAACAACAACAGCAACCGCAACCGCAACAACAGGAGGAGGAGGUUGAGACGCACAAGAUGAAAAAGGCGCGCCGUGUGGCUGAGGAACGUGCCGCCGCCGCCGUGGUUCGUGCCAUGGGUCCCACUGCCAAGCCCCUUCUCCGUAACAAGUCGCCUCCGCCGUACGAGGUCCCGGCACCCCGCAUUCCCGCGGUUGCCGUGGACUUGCCGGGCUGCUCCUUCAACCCGGAUCACGAGCAGCAUCAGGACGCGCUUGCGGUGUUGGUGGCGGCGGAAAUGAAAAAGGAGCUGCGGAAGGAGUUGCUGCCGACGGCGCCGGAGGUGGAGGUGGACGUGGAGGAGGGCGAGGGCGGCCGGCCGUUGACGGAGCUGGAGCGGUUACAAGUGGAGGUGGCGGAGGAUAGCAGCGAGGAGGCGGAGGAGGAGGAGCAGGGGCGGAGGAGGGCGGGAGGGGAGGGAGAUGACCCCAAUGCGAUUGCGCUGGAGGAGGGAGAUGCAGGAGAGAGCGAGGGCGGCGAGGAGGAGGGAGGAGGAGGAGGUGAAGAUGCCAAGGGGAGGAGGAGGAGUGAGAAGAAGACCAAGAAGGAUCGCAAUCGGGAGGCUCGUCGCAAGGCUGCUGAGCAGGCAGCCGAGGAGCGGCGGCGGCUGCGGUCGCAGCGGCGGGAGCUGCAGUCGCUGCGUGAGGUGGAGGAGCAGCUGCGGGCGGAGAAGGAGGAGAAGGAGCUGCGGCGACAGCGUGUGGCGGCUCUGCGGCAGGAGCGGGCGGCGGUGGCGCCCCCGCGGCUGGGGAAACUCAGGUUCGAGCCGCCCGCGGUGCAGGUCCUCACCAGCGACGAGAAGUCUGGCAGCCUGCGUCAGGUGGUGCCCUGCGCCAUGCUGGCUGCGGACCGCUUCAAGAGCCUGCAGCAGCGGGGACUGCUGGAGCCGCGCAAGCCGCAGCCGUUCAAGGAGAAGAGGCGCAAGGUCACAUACGAGAAGGGAGCUCGUUCCGAGCGCGCCGAGGAGGCCUCCGCAGCGGUCCGCGACAUGACGCGCCUCAACAAGAAGGCCAGGAAGCAGGUGAAGGCGGCGGAGGCGGCGGCGGCAGCGGGAGGGGACGACUGGAUGUGAGGCUGUGUGAAGGGCAGCGGCGGAGGCGGAGGUGGCGGCGGGGGGAAUGGGAGUUGGGAGGUGGGAUUGCGGCGGCUAGAUAGCUUGUUUUACUCGGUAACGAAGCAAAGGUUGCUUGUAGGGAGGUGGGGUGAUAUGCGACUCAGAGCAAGGAAGCAGAGGCUUCAGCGUAUUCUGACCAAGCUUUUGCCUGCAGCGUGUCGUUUACCGUAACGCAGCGCAUGUGCCUAUCAGCGCCGCCGAGUUGGCGGUGAGGGUGACGGACAGGCGGUGCGAUUUGCGUGGAAGUUGGCGAUGUUGGCAAUGUGGCAGCGGUGGCGCGCGCUACCUAUGAGACGGCAGCGAAGGGUCGUGGGGAGGGCACUCGCUGCUCAUUUGUUGCUGAGGUGGAUGUGGGUGUCAGACGGGGGAAGGUGAGGUGACGUGUGGGGGAUGUUUGAAUGGAAGGGUGUUCACCGGAAGGGAGGCGAAAGGGCUGGUGCGGUGCAAAGCUACAAACUACUGAUGCUACACAGGCGUGUCAUGUUGGAUUCUGGAUUUUGGAGUCGCAGGAUGUGGAAUGGGUAGAAGUGCCACGCGUAAAUGGGGAUGGCUAAGUGUGAACCGCAAUUUCGCCAAGCAGCAUCAUGCAGUGUGCAUGGUAGUCGACACCAUGUGUCGCAAUGUGAGAUGUUGUAAUACAGCAAUCGAU